AUGUCAUCUGCAAGCGCUUCUCCAGUGCGGGUCAGCGAGGAUGACUGGCACAGCGUCAAGGACGCGAAGAAGCGCAAACAGAUCCAGGAUAAAUUAGCACAGCGUGCAAGACGAAAACGACUGCGAGAAACGAAAAAGAUUAAGCAACAGACAGUUCAAUUUCCAGAAUCGCAGAUGGGUCACCAUGGGACCGAGGGGCAGACUGCAUCGGAUGCUACGGUUCAACUUGCUCCUUCUUCUCUCGAUCCAACUUUAUGUUCAUCCUUUGGAGAUGUUAUAUUAUCAUCGUCGUCUCUUACUCCGUCUUUCGACUCUUCGUCGUUCCUACAACCUCCCAACCUGAACUACGAGCUCCCUUACCAGCUGACUUUGGCUGGUGCUCUGUUCAUCAACGGCCAAAUCCUGGGUCUAUCUUGCAGUGUCAGUAUUCCAGCCAGAUCCUCACCUGCCUCACCGGAUUGUCCCCCUGCACUGCGUCCUACUGCGACUCAAUUGCUCACAGUGCAUUCCCAUGGAGUUGACCGUUUCCCAUUCCCAAAGAUGCGAGACAAUGCUAUCAACCUUGCCUGUCUUAUCGACGAGGAAGAGCUGACACGAGACCUUUUUCUUAUGCCGAGUUUCUCUCUCGCUGCUGGAUGUACACCGUGGGAUCCGAGGGCAUGGAAGGUAGAGAGACCCUUUGCAGAUAAAUGGGCGUUUCUGUUCCAGUGA